UAUUUAUCCUGGAGCAUUUGUUGAUCUGUUCACCACUCAUUUGCAACUUAUAUCACCAGUCCAGCAGCUGAGGAUAUUUUGUGCAGUAAAAGGAGGAAUAACUGGAUACUUCCUGAUGGUAGAACACUUAGAAGCAUGCUAUUAAAGGAAAGGUCAAGAUAAGCAAGCCCACUAUAAACUAUCACUGAUACUAUUAAAUGUUGGUCUCCAGUAGCCAAGGUCAUUGCACAACUCAUAACCAUGGCUUCAGAGGACGCUCUCUACAUCCCUACUGACAACUCGGAGAUGCCGAAAGACAUUGUGGAACUGCCCCAUAUCAAUGUGGAGACCAUCCCUGUGGAAACUAUUCCUGUGGCGACCAUCCCUAUGGAAACCAUUCAGAUGGAAGCAGUCGAGUACGGAGAUCUCAGUGGCAGUUGGGUCCAUGGAGGCCACAACCACCCACCUCUGAUCGCACUGCAGCCACUCAUCUCCAGCCACCCGAGCCAGGGGGAUCACGACCAGGAAAUCAUCAUGGUGCAGACACGAGAAGAGGUGGUGGGCUACGACGACUCAGACAACUUGCAGACCAACUAUGACUUCGGGGACCAGAGCCUCCUCCCACUUGCCGACGAAGACGACGACUUCCAGCAAACGCUGGCCUCCUUGUCAGCCUCCUCAUCAUCAGCGGCCUACAGCCGUGGCAAGAAGCGCAACCGCAGCAGAAAGCACAGCGGCAUGAAGAGUCACCCCAGCCCUGAGGCCGAGGCAGGAGGCAGCGGCAGAAAGUGGGAGCAGAAGCAGGUGCAGAUCAAGACUCUGGAGGGUGAGUUCUCUGUCACCAUGUGGUCCUCAAACGAAAAAAGAGACCAUGAGACAGUGGCUGAAGAAGAGAGUAGGGAGAAUUCACUUCCUGAUUAUUCAGAUUACAUGACCGGGAAGAAACUUCCUCCUGAAGGAAUUCCUGGCAUGGACCUCUCAGAUCCCAAACAACUGGCAGAAUUUACUAGAAUGAAGUCAAAAAGAACUAAAGAAGAUUCUCCCAAAACAAUAGCUUGUCCUCAUAAAGGCUGUGGAAAAAUGUUCAGGGAUAACUCUGCUAUGAGAAAACAUCUGCAUACCCACGGGCCUAGAGUCCACGUCUGUGCAGAAUGUGGCAAAGCUUUUGUUGAGAGCUCAAAACUAAAACGACACCAACUGGUUCAUACUGGAGAAAAGCCCUUUCAGUGCAUAUUUGAAGGCUGUGGAAAACGCUUUUCACUGGACUUCAAUUUGCGCACACAUGUGCGAAUCCAUACCGGAGACAGGCCCUAUGCGUGCCCCUUUGAUGGUUGUGGUAAGAAGUUUGCUCAGUCAACUAACCUGAAAUCUCAUAUCCUAACGCAUGCCAAGAACAAAAACAACCAGUGAAAAGAAGAGAGAACACGCUUCUCAAACUGGGGAAGCAUCUUCCAGGAGCAUGAUGAGGAGUAAAUAUGCCCCCCCUUGGUAUAUUGUUUCUAGGAAAGGAUUUAAAAAAUGAAUCCUAUGCCUCUAAGGGUUAUGUUUUGAUAAAGUAGUAAAAAUAAAAGAUUUAAAAAAUGUUAUAACAAUGUGUAGUAAUGUUAUAUACCAGUGCUAUAAGAUAGUAUUGCUAAGAUGCUUUAUCUUGUUCUGUAAUGCCUUUUUAAAAAUAGAAUAUUUUUGAAAAGUUUGGUCCAAAUAGGAAAAUAAUAAAUGAUAAACCUUCAGUUCAAAACACAGGUCUUACGCAACUGUGCUAAAAAUAGGAUUUUUCGCUUUCGUAUAAGUAUGAAGCUCAUUGCUUACAGUUUUUAAACAUUUUAUAUUUUCUAAGUGUUUACAUUUAUACUUUUGGGGGUAAUUCCGUGUUUGGGUUUUCUGGAGUUAGAUAACUUUGCUUACAGUAGAUUUUCUUUAAAGGAAUGGGACAGUUCUAGGCAUACAUAAAGUAGUUUUCCUGUUUAAAAGAAGUUAUAUAGGUUUUGUUUGCUGUCUUAAUUUUGGUCUGUUUGAUGUUAAUAGAUUUUGCAUAACUAUCAUUUAGCUGUAUUGAAUUACAUGGUAUUGUAUGUUAGAUGUGAUUUGAUAAUCAAUUUAAACCUAUUUUAGCCAUUUUAUUUUCCAAAAAUACUGCUAGAUGCUGAGUUUUUUUUUUUUUUGGUUUUCUUUUUUAAGAUGCUGUUUCUUUGGUGUAAUUUCUUUGCCUAUUCACUUAUAGAGAGUGGUGGUCAGUUGUAGAAUAUAUUGUGUGGACAUUGACUUUUUAACAUCUGACAUGUAUAUCUCAUGUAAUAGAAAAAACAACAAUAAAAUAGUGGUUUUAAAGAAUAAAAUAGCUUGCCUAUAUAAAUACUGUAGCUAACUACAAAAUACAGAAAUGGGGAGGGUGCGACUGGCAUAUUUAGAGGCCAGGGAUGCUGCUAAAUAUCCUACAGUGCACAAGACAUUUCCCCACAAUAAAGAAUUAUCUGGCCCAAAAUACCAAUAGUGCCACUAUUGAGAAACCCUGCUUUAGAGAAAAUAAAAGUUGUAACAAAGAUUCCAUAGGUGUAUUUAUGAACAGAUCAUUUAAUGCACAAAAAGUUGUUUAGGUGGAGGAAAUUGUGUGCUUCGCCACCUUCAUUGCUACUGAGCCAGCACGGGCAGAUCCUGAGUCCAGAGGGGUUAUCUGAUACCAGCUGCGUGCUUGACAUAGGAGACUACCCAGAGAGUCAAGGGGUUAGUGCUGCUGUAUGCCCCCACGUUUGUUCAUGCCUUGUUUCUCUGACUGCUUUUUAGAUGGGAAAAGCCAGGGUUGUGUCACAGCAUCAUCCUGAUGAGAGAGACACUGAGAGUAUAAGCAUCCAGGCAGUCCUGGCGGACUGUUCAUAAUGCUGAAUUGGGGGAAAGCUGAAUGUAGCACAUAAUGAAGAUAGCAACUGUAAUCAGUGGGGAUGGAUUAUUUUGCAGAAUUGUGUUGACACUAGCAGCUUGGGGAAAAUUUUAGCUUUCUUCCUAAAUUAGUUUCACCAGUGUAAACCCCAAUGAAUCAAAGGGUUCAAUUUUUUUUGUUUUAUUUUUUUUUUAAGUGAAGCUAUGAACACAGAAGAAAACACAGUUAUCUUUUAUAAUCUUGAAGUAGGAAAGGCUUAAUACACAGGAGCCAUUUGACUAUAUCAAAACUUAAAAUGUCUAUAUAGCCAAAACCACAAACCAAGCCAGACAGCACACCAGAGGAAAAAAUUAUAAUACCUGUCACAAAGGACCAAAUUCCUCAAAGUAUUUGAGCAGUUACAAAUUAGUAAGCAAAAGACAACCCAGUCAAGUUCCUCAAUGUACUUGAGCACUUACAAAUUAGUAAGAAAAAGACAAUCCAGUCAAGAAAAUCAGUAAAGAUGUAAACAGACAAUUGAUAGAAAUAGGCAGUUGUCAGACAAAAGAAAUACAAAUAGCCUUUUAGUAAACACGGAAAAUGAACAAGCCUCACUCAUAUUUAAAUAGAAAUCAAGACAAUAAGAUUUCACUUUUCACCCAGCAGAUUGUCAAAGACUAAAGUUAACGACAACAUCCAGUGCUGUUCAGAGGGUAGAGAAACGGACACUCGUACUGAUUAUGUGAGCAUAAAUUAAUGCAAACUCAUUGGAGCUCAAUUUUAAUCUACAUGUUUUUUUGACCCAACAUUUUCGUUUCUAGGUAAUUUUCCACACCUUCACAGAAGCAUACUUAUUUAGAGAUACCGUAUUUUUACAAAAACAGUGCAUGCCCUCCACGUUUGUUUGCCAGCCGGGUCCUCCCCGUGCAAGGCACCCUCACAAGCGCCGCCAUGCCAGUCCUUUUCUACACGUUGCUGUAAAAAAAAGUUAGCAUGCUUAGGAAAAUACCUCGCUGGGGGGAGGGCUCAGCCAGCAAACAAAUGCAGAAGGAACCUGUUAUUUACAUACAAACAAUGUAACAAUAUAAGCAAAGCUGUUUAUUGCAGCCUUGUAUGGAAAAGUUAAAGAAGUGGUAACAACUUAAGUGAUCAUUAGUAGGGAACCUUACAAAUAAAUCUUUGUUUUUAUAAAAUGGAUUACUCUGUAGCAGAUAUAAGAAAUGGGAUAGAUAUGAAUAUGUAAUUAUGGAAAUAUGUCCAAAAUAUAUCAGCAAAAAUAGUAUCUAGGAAAUAACUUGAUAACCAGUGAUGUUUUAAGAUUAUCUGUGUGCAAAUUCUCAUGGACUGUAGACUUUCUGGAGCCAUAGAUGGUGGAUGAGCCCCUGAAGCUGUUGCCCUUAACUAAACUUCAAACCUUAAACCAAAAAUAUCUCCUGAAGUCAUCUUAAAACCAAACAAUAGCUUAACUAGUAAAAAAGGUCU